GUCCCAGUCAGCGCGGGAACCUCGUACAUCUGCAGAAUAACAACUCGACUUCUCUGGCUCUGAAUGCUCAGUCGUAUCAGAGUACGUCUGAGUGCCCUUGAGAGUAUCGGCGCUCGGGCAGCAUCAACUGCGAGCAGUUCCGGAAAGCAGCGGCUAGUGGUGCUCGGAAGCGGUUGGGCCGGCUUCAACGUCGCCCGUCAGGUGAAUAAGAGCUUGUACGAUGUCACCGUCGUUUCACCCAAUUCCUACUUUUCUUUUACGCCCUUUCUCGCCUCGACCGUGACUGGAACAUUGGAGUACAGAUGUGCCACUGAGCCCGUCAGAGGAAUCAAGCACGUCAAUUAUGCUCAGGGGUGGGCGAACAACAUAAACUUUUCAAAGCGGACAGUGGAGAUUGAACCGGCUCUGUCACCCACCAGGGAUGCGACCUCGGACGAUUUGAAAGCAUCAAAGCAGUCCGUCCCCGUGGAUAAACAGCAUCCGUAUGAUCUGCCUUAUGACAAGUUGGUCAUUGCUGUAGGAUGUUGGUCAGCUUCCUUCGGCAUCAAAGGAGUUACAGAAUACGCCCACUUCCUGAAGGAUGUCCGAGAUGCCAGGGCGAUCCGUAAUAAGAUCUUGGAGCGACUCGAACAGGCCCUCGUCCCAGGACGAACAGAAGCGGAACAACGAAACCUACUACAAUUUUCGCUCGUUGGAGGAGGAGCUACGGGCGUAGAAGUCGCUGCCGAGCUACAUGACUUUGUCCGUCAAGAUGUGUAUCGACUAUAUCCUCAGUUGAAAGACCUUGUCAAUAUUAGAGUCUACGACGUCGCACCUGGAAUUUUGAUGAACUUCGAUGACACUCUUCGACGUUACGCCGAGAAGCGCUUUGCAAGAGAGGGCGUCGAAGUCCGACCGAACUCUACCAUCAAGGAGGUGGGUCCUGACUGGCUAGAGCUCGAGGGGGGCAAGCGAGAACCCUUUGGACUGCUGGUUUGGUCCACAGGUCUAGCCUCCAAUGCGUUUAUAAAGUCGCUCAAGGGACUGAAGAAAGACGAGAAAACGGAUUCCCUCAUAGUCAAUGGGCAACUGAAUGUCUUCGAUGAGCAUGGACAGUCUAUCCCCGAUGUAUCUGCUAUAGGAGAUAAUGCUAUGCCUCAGGGAGGUCGUUUGCCCGCCACAGCUCAAGUUGCCUCCCAAAUGGCUAAAUAUAUGGCUAAAACACUGGAUGCCAGCGCGAAGGGUACCGAGAUUGCAGCGAUCAAGGAGUUCAAGUGGAAGAAUAGAGGGAGUAUGGUUCUCAUCGGCGAGAAUAGGGGCUUGCUUGAUAGGUCGUCUCAGAGCAUAUCCGGUCCACGAAGUAGGCUAGCAGGAUUCUCAGCAUGGCUAGUGUGGAGAUCAUACUACAUGACACUCGCUAUGGGGUGGAGGAACAAGAUCCUCAUACCUAUCUACUGGACACUGGCUAUGUUCUUCGGGCGAGACGUCACGAGGUUUUGAAUUGUGACCUGACACGACCUGGCUCGUGAUCUUGAUCACCUCUGUCAAGUGUAAAUCCAAGGACCUCUGCAUGUAUUGCUAGAUACUUUGUG